AUAUCUGAAAUUGCAAAAGAAGCUGAAACAGAAAGAAAAGCAGAAGCUGAGAAGGCUGAUAUGGAAGAUGGUGAGAAACAAGACAAAGCAAAGGAAGUACAAUCUGAGCAGCUAGAAGAGGGGAAAAUGAAGAAAAAGAAGCGAAGGCAUGGACAAAAAAUUGAGAAACCGGAGGCUGUUAUGGCUAACUUCUUCAAAGCUUUGGAAAUCUAUCAAACAAAAAUGCUUGUGACAGAAGAGCCUCUUGAUGAAGUAGAGGAAGACUCUAAUCUCUGGAACUCUUUUGAUGAAGAGGAAGAGGAGGAGGGCAUGGUGUUUUUUGUUUUAGAAGAAAGCACAGGUUACAUGGCACCUGCUCUCAGAGCACUGGCAGUUGUUCAUACUGUCAUCUCCUUUGUCUGUGUGAUCGGAUACUAUUGCUUAAAGGUCCCUCUAGUUGUAUUCAAGAGAGAAAAGGAGGUAGCUAGAAAGCUGGAAUUUGAUGGACUAUACAUAACUGAACAGCCAUCUGAAGACGAUAUUAAAGGACAAUGGGAUCGCCUGGUUAUAAACACUCCGUCCUUUCCAAACAAUUACUGGGACAAAUUUGUAAAACGGAAGGUUAUUAACAAAUAUGGAGACUUAUAUGGAGCAGAGCGCAUAGCAGAACUUUUGGGUUUGGACAAAAGUGCCCUUGAUUUUAGUCCAGUGGAAGAGAGCAAACCAGAAGAGGCGUCCCUUGUAUCAUGGUUAAGCUCCAUUGAUACAAAGUACCACAUUUGGAAGCUCGGAGUUGUUUUCACUGAUAAUUCGUUUUUAUACUUAGCUUGGUACACGACUAUGUCCAUCCUUGGGCACUACAACAACUUCUUCUUUGCUGCUCAUCUGCUGGAUAUUGCUAUGGGUUUCAAGACACUGCGAACCAUUUUGUCUUCAGUCACUCACAAUGGCAAACAGCUUGUGCUUACUGUGGGACUCCUCGCUGUAGUAGUGUAUCUCUACACUGUUGUGGCGUUCAACUUCUUCCGCAAAUUCUACAAUAAAAGUGAAGAUGAAGAUGAACCAGACAUGAAAUGUGAUGACAUGAUGACGUGUUACCUGUUCCAUAUGUAUGUGGGCGUAAGAGCUGGUGGCGGCAUUGGAGAUGAAAUUGAGGAUCCUGCUGGAGACCCUUAUGAAAUGUAUCGAAUUGUCUUUGACAUCACAUUUUUCUUCUUUGUCAUUGUUAUCCUGCUGGCCAUUAUUCAAGGUCUGAUCAUUGAUGCUUUUGGUGAAUUAAGAGACCAGCAAGAACAAGUGAGAGAAGACAUGGAGACCAAAUGUUUUAUUUGUGGAAUCGGCAAUGACUAUUUUGACACAACCCCACAUGGCUUUGAAACACAUACUUUGCAAGAACACAACUUGGCAAACUACCUGUUCUUUUUAAUGUAUCUCAUUAACAAGGAUGAAACUGAGCAUACUGGCCAGGAGUCAUUUGUGUGGAAGAUGUACCAAGAAAGAUGUUGGGAUUUUUUCCCAGCAGGGGACUGCUUCCGGAAACAGUAUGAGGAUCAACUUGGCUAA